UCACACUCAGCGUUUGGCCCCUGGUCACCCCGAGCAUCAACGAGUUCGGAGGCAGUUUCACUCCCGGUUUGAGAGUUGGGAUCGGAAACCACCAACUUUUUUCCGACCUUGUCGUUGGGCAUUCCAGGGUCGGAAGUCUCUGGAACUCGGGGGAAUUUUACCUCUCUCGUAUGUCGUCGUAUUUUCUUGUCGGGGAGUUCACGAGGAGUGAGCAUUUAUAAGUGGCGAGGCUUGCAUUGGUGAAACGGUGCAAGUAGACACAGUUUUCUUUGUUCUUUGGGCCUUCAUCCGCGCAGUGUAGAGGAAUUCAUGUCAUAAAGAUCAUUGCUGUAUCUUAGUCGGUGAAGCUCGCGAUCCUGUUGUGUUCACGAACCUUUGAGAGAAAGAGAGAGAGAGAGGGAGAGAGAGAGACUCAAACAUUCGCGAGGUGACGACUGUCGUCCCCUGUUGUUGUUUACCGAGAAGACUUGUGGAGGUUUGUAAGUGGCAGCAGUGUAAUUAGGAAACAAAAACUAGGUUCACAUUCGACGACUCAAUUAAGUCCACGAAUCGGUUUUUGUGUAGAAUUACGCUAAAAAAGCACUAGUUCGCUUUUGAGCCAUUCUUGAUUGAGCCACAGUUUUGCGCUUUCACGUGUCACGCAGUAUUCAAGGUCAUUGCGGAGUACUGUAAACUUGUUGGCAACCUGUGGAGAUUCCCACUUCGCCAUCACUGCUUCAUUUCAUCUCUGUUUCAUUCAAGCGCCGCUAUUGCUUCGACCCUGUGCUCAUUUCGCACAGUUUGCAACAUCUCCAUUUGCGUUUACACAAGGGAGUUAAAGCUUUUCCGCCAUGACUUCAAGAGUCAGGAUGGAGGACUAAUGGUCAGCUGAUUUCUCGGCGCUUUUGAUUCUGACUUGCCUCUGUUGAGGCUGCGAGUGUGGUGCCGCGGGAAGAAAAUCUCCUCAGCCUUACCGCCAAUUACUGUAUGCUUACUUAUUUCGACCACCUUCUGAGCUAUCACUUGUCCCUUGUGUGGGCAAUCCUCCUACAUCGCUCUCGUGAGGCCGGAUCCGGGAAGAUGCUGAAGGUCAUGGCUUUGGGGUGGGCGUUGUUUCUGCUUACCCUGGUGUGUUCGAUGGUCUCUGCUACCGAGGACCUCAACAGCGCAGGAUACCGUGUGAUCGAAAUCAACGAGCUUGCGGAUGGAAGCGGGAUCGCGGCCCACCUCAAGCUAAUCAGUGGGUGUGCGACUUACGGACCCGACUUGGAAGACCUCAGACUUAUUGCCAGGUAUGAGGAAGGCGGCCGUGUGCACGUUCACAUCACUGAUGCAUUCCGCCCGCGGUGGGAAAUUCCUGACUCUCUUAUCCCGCGCGAUCGCGUGCAGCAUGUCAGCGUUGGGCAGUCCACUGCAUCGAUUCAGGUCUCCGAGAGCUCCUUCACGCUAGCGCACGAGAGCUAUGCGAUUUCCUCUCAUCCGCUCAAAAUCAUUUGGACUAAGGACCCUUUCAGUUUCGCCAUCAUUCGGAGAUCCAAUGGAGAGAUUCUGUUCAACACACUUCCAGAAGCCGAGGGCAGCCCGCACGCCUUCAACUCUAUGGUGUUCAAGGAUCAAUACCUGGAGAUUUCUACCCGUUUGCCACAAAACUCAUACCUCUACGGACUUGGUGAGUCCACUAGUCCGGAUGGAAUGCGCCUCUCACAGGGACGGACUUACACCUUGUGGGCGACGGAUAUCGGUAGCUGGAACGUGGAUAUGCCUUUGUAUAGCAUGUAUCCUUUCGUACUGGAUAUGCGGAAGGGCGGGACAGCACAUGGUGUGCUACUCCUGAAUUCCAAUGGCAUGGACGUUGAGUACAAGAAGGGGGAUUCGCUCACUUUCAGAGUGAUAGGCGGCGUGUUUGACUUCUACUUCUUUGCUGGACCGUCGCCAAUGGCAGUGGUCGACCAAUACACGCGGCUCGUCGGGCGCCCUGCACCGAUGCCCUACUGGUCUCUCGGUUUCCAUCAAUCUCGCUAUGGGUACAAGGAUAUAGGUGAGCUGGAGACAGUGAUGGCGAAAUAUGAAGCCAUCAAUUUCCCUGUUGAAUCGAUUUGGUCCGACAUUGACCACAUGGACGGGUACAGAGACUUCACCUUGCACCCGGACCACUAUCCCGAAGAGAGAGUGCGCAGUUUCGUGAAAGGUCUUCACGAGCGGGACCAGAAGUUCGUCAUGAUCAUCGACCCAGGAAUCAAAAUUGAUGAGAACUAUGCAACAUUCACACGAGGUCGAGAGCUUGGAGUGUACCUCAAGAAUGGAACUGGGGAUGGUUAUUACAUUGCCCAGGUAUGGCCGGGAUUCACCCACAUUCCUGACUUUCUGCAUCCCAACGCGCUCGACUGGUGGACCAAGGAGCUGGAAGAGUUUCAAAAGACUGUUCCGUAUGAUGGUCUGUGGCUUGACAUGAAUGAGCCCGCGAACUUCUGCGGUGGAUCCAACUGUUGGUACGAUCCUGCUGUGAAAUGUACCAUCAUCGACGUCUGCUGCAUGACUUGCGACAACCACCCAGAUGUGCUCACACGCUGGGACAACCCACCCUACGCGAUCAAUGGCUAUGCAAACAAGUUGCCAAUUUACAAGAACACUGUGGCUAUGACUGCUGAGCACUACGAUGGCAGUCGAAUUUACGAUACUCACAAUAUUUACGGCAUGACGGAAGCGCUCGCCACUUACAAUGCCCUGAAGAAGAUAUCAAAGAAGCGGCCGUUCGUGUUGUCCCGGUCAUGCUUCGUGGGCUCUGGUUCACACUCUGCACAUUGGACCGGUGAUAAUGGUGCGACAUGGACCGAUAUGAAAUACUCGAUCGCCAAUCUCCUGAAUUCUGGCCUAUUCGGAGUGCCCAUGGUGGGCGCCGAUAUAUGCGGGUUCUAUUUCGAGACAAACGAGGAGCUUUGCCAGCGCUGGUCUCAGGUUGGCGCAUUCUACCCCUUCGCCCGCUCUCACUCCGACAUCCACACAGGCCCCCAGGAGAUUUAUCUCUGGAAGUCCGUCACGGAGACGGCGUCUAACGUCUUCAACUGGCGGUACCGCCUCCUGCCCUUCUUCUACACGCUGCUGUACGAGGCGCACCAAAGUGGUGCCCCGGUGGCGCGACCCCUCUUCUUCGAGUAUCCAGAAGACGCCGAGACGUGGACCAUUGACACCCAAUUCCUUCUCGGAAGUUCAAUCCUCGUCUCCCCGGUCCUGGAGCGUGGCGAAACCUCGGUGCACGCUUACUUCCCGAAAGGAAUUUGGUACAACCUCUUUGACACUUCUAAAAUGAUCCGCGCCGUGGACCACGGAGUCUGGGAGCACCUUCCAGCACCCAUGGACACGAUCAAUGUCCACAUUCGCCAAGGUUCAAUUAUCCCAAUGCAGGACUUUGCCAUGACGACCACGGCCGCUAGGAAGACGCCCUUCUCCCUCCUGGUGGUAUUCGCGCCCGCCUCCGACUUCGCUGAGUUCUGUGCCGCACCUUAUUCGAUUGUGUGUCAAGGCAGCGAUCGCGAAUACGCCACGGGACACAUCUUCCUGGAUGACGACAUCCAGCCCACCAUGGACAUCACUGAAAGGCGCGCUUCCCACAUCAAGCUGGAGGCAAGUCGCACCGAUGGGCAUUACGUUCUUCGAUCGAUUGUGACCCAGCCGGACUACGCCAUUGAUCAGGGGCUCGUGAUCAAGACUGUGUCCGUGCUUGGUGUGCAGUCUCAACCGUUCAGUGUGCGCGUGAAUGGCCGACUUGCUGCUGCCCAUGUCAAAGUAACUGCGAGCGCCUCUCUCAUGGAGAUAUCAGAGCUGAACCUCCCCUUGGGUGAAGAGUUCGAGCUGAUCUGGAACACAAUGCCAAACGGAAGCAGUUCUCAUUCAAGCUAGAGACAACUGCAGAUUGAAAUCCUAGCUUAAAACAAUCCAAUUGUGUACCAUAGACUUCCAUUUGCCAAUUUAUGCUUCGGCUGACUAACACUGAUUUCAUUCGAUCUCCUUCUCUUUAGUGGAUCAAUUACAGAUUGAUUUGCCGAGCUUUUCUUAGGUAACCCAAUCGUGCUACUAGAUCAUAGCCCGCCGCUUGCUGAUCAAUUCGACGUAACAGAAUAUCUAUCCUUCUGAGGCGCAGACUGAUAGCAAGUAUUUGUCGUGGCAGCGCUGGCUUAACAUUUUAUUAAGAAAUAAAGAUCGAAACAUCAGUUUUUUUUUUGCUGAAA